AAAGAUAUAUUUGUUAAAAAAAAACUAAAAUUAUUUCACUCGCUUUAACGCGCCUACGAAUAAAUAUAGCUGCUUAAACGAAUAUAAGGCCGCAUUAAAAUUCAACACAAAUUCAUUCCGAUCUACCACACAAUUACAACUGAACAAAACUCUAAAGAUUUAUCGUUUUUUCUAAUUUUGACAAUUCAAUAAAAGAUCGCUUUCGGUGGAAGUGAAUCCUCAUAAAUAUAUCAUGUUCGCAGGACAUGAUAUCCUCCUCUUGACGCUACUCUGUCCGAAAUGUAAUUUCGUUAUUUUUAUAUCAACAUUACUAUACACAGACUUUUCUCACAGCCGUCGCUCCACUUGCUCGAAUCUUCCUAGCGUCAUUAAUCCUUAAUAAUCCAUCCGUCGUCUAAGUUUAUGCUAAUUGCGAACGGACGUCGCAGAUGUGCGGAACGGUACGGCAGUGCAAGUGUCGACCGUUCGAGGCAAUCGCUUACUCUUUACCUUGGUCCUGUGUUACAUCACGAUGAAGUUCAGCAUAGAGUCCACCGCCUCCUACAACAGCAUCCAUCCGGCCUACCAUUAUACCGAACAAUUCGGCAACAAUAGCGAGAACUACCGGGACGGCACCAAGUGGUACGGGGUGUUCCUGGCGUUUCUGUCGGGCACCUUCUUCACCGUCAGCUCGGCUCUGGUCAAGGCGGUCCGCAAUGUCGAUCCCAUGAUCCUGCUGGCCAUCCGCGCCUUGGUGCAAAUAUUGGCGAUGUCCGUCGUGGCCUGCAGAACGUCCAACGAUCUCUUCGGCCCUUCCGGCCGAAGAAUACUCAUACAUUUUCAGGGAUUAGUUGGCGGCAUGACACUGUCAUUGCUGUACUACAGCUUCCGAGAAUUGCCCCUUGGCGAUGCCACAACGAUCAUAUUCAGCUCGCCGGUUAUCGUCAUCGCGCUAUCUUUCCUCUUCCUGAAGGAGCCCUGCGGUGUUUUACGCGUAGUGGUGGUUUGCACGCUUCUCACGGGCGUCGUCCUCGUUGCCAGGCCGCCCUUCCUGUUCCAGAUGCAUCAUGCCGAGCACUACAAUCUCAUGGGAUACCUGUGCGCCAUCCUGGCGACUCUCUUCACAGCGCUCAACAUGGUCGUCAUGAGGAAGUGUUCCGAGAUACACUACUCCAUCCUGGUGCUGAAUCUAUCCUGCUGGUCGCUCGCCGCCUCCGUCUUCUUCUACUUCACGGUGUCGGGCGGCAUCCACGAAAUUCACAAGCUACGCUUGCCGCACGACUACCUCACCUGGGUCCAGAUCACGCUGGUGGUGGUCACCGGCCUGACCGGCCAGGUGCUGGUGACGAAAGCGCUGAAAAUCGAGGGCGCGGGUAAGGUCUCGGUCACGAGAUCGCUCGACAUCAUUCUGGCGUACCUGAUCCAGGUGUACAUUUUUGGCGACAAGCCCACGUCGACCAGUCUGACCGGAGCGAUCCUCAUCAUCUUUUCCGUCGUUUGCAUGGGCUUCGAGAAAGAGAUCUACAGUGUCUGCGAUUUCAUUCCGUAGCCAAUUAAUAAUUCGGCGUCAAAUUUCAUUAAUCAUUAAAUUUGUUCUCGAAUUUGAUAAUAUAAUUAUAAUGUUGAUAAUAACAAUACAUAAUAAUUACAAUGACAAUAACGCUAAUAAUAACAGUAAUGCGUAAUCAAUUUCAAACCUUUGACACCUUCGAAUGUAAAAUUGUACAUAUACAGUGGCUCUACGGUGAGUAGAAGGUAGAAACGUCAUACGUGCGACACGUAUCCAUAUAACUACCGAUGAUUUAUUCAAUGGGAAAAAAAAAAGAAAGGUACAACUAUGAUUAACAGUAAACCGCUAUACCAUGUCCAAAGUGAUAUAAUUAUGUACAUGUGUUUCCUUUCUUCUCUAUUCUCGUCCCUGAAGAAACGCGCGAGUACGCGCGGUCUUACAAGUGUCGCUAUAUAUGUGAAGAACGAACACUACUUUUUUUUGACAGUGCGUGCUUACAAAUCUAUACAUACUUCGAAGAUUAGUUUACAGUUCAAGCACACACGCACACUCGCACAUCCGUCACCUUUCUCUCUCGCUCUCUAUCUUUUUUUUUCACACACUUCAUUCUUAUCCUUAUUCAUCAAUUUCAAUGAAAUUUUCAUCAUACAAUUAUUUUGUUACACGUACUAGGACUAAUCUUACUGUAAGUUCUGCCUUAUUAUUAGAAAGAAUUACUUACAUUUAUAUACGAGUCAACUCUCGCAUUUGAAAAAUGUGUGUACAUGUCUUAAUUUUCUUCGCUCUACUAUUUCUGCGCUUUUACUUACAAUCUUGCAGAUUCUGCGAUCGACGUAGUUCGUCGUGACGUAAUCGCACCGGGCUGUUCUGCAGCGCAGGUGAAUUCAGGAGACGCACGAUCGAUCGCAGAUGAUGUAAACGCAGGAAUGUAAUCGCACAUGGUACAGUUCUUUCGCGAAGAUUCAGGGAUUUAACGAAUUAUUCGCAUUAGCGUAUGUGUGUGAAUACAUGUAUAUAUUACAUAUAUAUAUUCUUCUCUACGAUACUUUGUUAUCUUUUUAUCUUACAUUGGUCAUAUAUUUCUCGUCCCUAAAACGUACUGUACAAGUGAGGGACAAUUCGUAUAUUCCAUUGCAGCAAUAGUCUCUCUCGGUCCUUGCCUACAAGAUUGAAAAGUGCAUAUAUUUCCGCGGCACCCGAGGUCCGCUUUAACACAUGAUUGAUUUCAAUCCCUGCCUUGUAAUUGCUGUGUGUACAAAUCUCUACAGUAUUGCUAAAAGGAAGUCGUCAACUUUGUUGUGUGGCAUAUAAUAUGCGAUAGAAAGCGUUUCAAACGCAGAGAUCGGAUGAAAUUGUGUCGCAUAAAGAAAACUACCAUCCAUUUCGACGAGUCCCUUUUUUAAAAUCAUCAAAAAUAAACGUUAUUAUCCUUUUUAAGAAUAAAUGUUUAUUUUGAAGUUUGGAUAACUUUAAUCAUUAAUGUUUCCAAAAAC